AUGAGCUCCUCAACUUCACCAUCCACGACACCUCAAACUAGCGCCCCUUCGCGAUUCGAUUCUAAACUCCCCAAUAGCACACCUCCCCUCACCACAAUCCCUCAGCGCUACAAAUCCAAUCUUACCCCCAUGCCUUCCCCCCUCCGUCCACACUGUCUAUCGUGUGACAGGAUGCGACUCUGGAUUCCCCCAGGUGAAAGCCUACGCAAGUCCACAUCCUCGGGCGACGAAAACGCCAUCUCAAUCUCCGAGGACCAGCUCAAUCGUAUCUUAGAGGUAAUGGGUUCAUCGUGGGCCCCUUCCACAAAAGAGACGUACGGCGCGGGACUACUAGUGUUCCAGGUCUUUUGUGACACUCACAAGAUCCCCGAGGAAAAGAGGUGCCCAAUCUCCCCCAGCAUACUCCUAGCUUUCCUAUCAAGCUGUGCUGGAGCGUACUCCGGUUCAGCACUAGCUAACUACGCUGCAGGACUCAAAGCUUGGCACUUACUCCACGGCCAACCAUGGCUAAUCAACUCCAGAGAACUCAAGGCCACCUUAGACGGCGCCGCUGCCCUAGCCCCUCCAUCAUCCAAACAGAACAAACGCAAUCCAUUCACGCCGGACAUUAUCAUUAGAAUUCGCGAACAUUUAGAUCUCAACAAUCCCAAAGAUGCAGCCAUCUUCGCGUGCAUCACUACCUCAUUCUAUGCUAUCGCACGCCUAGGAGAAUUCACAGUCCCUUCGUUGAAGAGCUUCGACUCAACGAAGCAUAUAACUCGCGCGCACGUCACGCAAAAAACGGACCGCAACCAUCUCCCCGUCACCUCCUUCUACUUGCCAAGCACCAAGUCCUCACCCCUACAGGGUGAAGAGACCUACUGGUCCGCCCAAGAAGGAUUGUCGGACCCCAAGGCAGCUCUAGAUAAUCAUCUCAGGAUCAACACAGCACACGCAGGAGCGCAUCUCUUCGCGUGGAAGCACCCCAACGGCCUUCGUCUGCUGACGAAGAAGGAACUAACCAAACGAGUCAGCCAGAUCUCCUCCACCGCAAACCUGCCCAACCUCAAGGGACACGGCAUACGCAUCGGAGGCACGUUAGAGUAUCUCCUACGCGGUGUCCCCUUCGAUGUCGUCAAGGCAAUGGGAAGGUGGUCGAGCGACGCCUUCACCAUAUACCUCCGCGACCACGCCAUUGUCAUAGCGCCUUAUAUACAAGCCUCCCCAGCACUCGAACACUUCACGCACCUCACGAUGCCGCCGGUUCAUUAA